CUAUACCGAGUUCGGCGGUGGAGAGUGUUUGAAACCUCGAUUAACCUUUCGUUUCCUGAAAAGUUCCAGGACAAAAAGCCGUUUUAAAAUUUGAAGGAUAUUAUCCAAGUUAGCGCUCAUAUUUUGUUUGUUACAAAAAUCAUGAUUGGAAAUUAUAUUGUGGUAUUCUCUGUUAUUUCAAUAUUCUUUGCACAUUUUGCCUCUGGUGGAUAUAUCAAGCCAUAUAACACUACAGUAACUGCUACAUUUAAUAGAGACUUUGGAUUCACCUGGAAUGUAGUGAAGGCCAGAGAUGAAAAAAUAUUAGCAGCACGUGUUUUCUUUGAUACAAAAAUAAAUAAGGCGGAUGACUUUGCACUUGAAGGGACAAGACCACCAUCAUUAACUGACUAUGGGACAAACCUAUUUGGUGACAGGCUGUCGGCAAGUUUUAUUAAUAAUCAAUACCGUAUAUACUUGAGAAGAAUUAUGUUCAAUGAAACGUACACAGUGCGAUUGCAAAUAGUAUUUGAUCUGAAAGGUUCCUUUGAUAGUCAAUACAGCACGGUGGCCAUAAAAGUUGCAGUUGGUGGUAGCAGCCGAGAUGUGUUGCUCAGUGGGACAGUUUUAGGCGUCGUAAUGGCAUGGCUGACAUAUUUUAUUGCAUUGUGAUUACUUUACGAUUACUGGUUUACUGUUUGGUGAAUCACUCUUUAGAAAAAAAGUCAGUAUCCACUUUUGUCCGGAACAUUAAUUUUGCCAACAAAAAGUUCUUUAAUGUCGGGCUUUCAAACUUUGAUCUAAAACCAUGCUAUUUUUUACUUCGACUAAUCUGUUGAUAUUUUCAUUGAUUUACUGAAGAAGAUUUUUAUAAAGCGUUGACACAUAAAAUUGGUCCCAGAAGUUUAAAAUCUUUUUCAUAAAUUCAGAAUUAAUUGCUUUCUGCACAUAGUGCUAAUCUGAUUAAUUUUCUGAGAUUGUAUAUAUAGGUAUAUAUAUGACUUAACUAUACUAUAAGGUAUAAAUUUGUAAUAAAUUUUUCAUUUUCGUACAAUGUUUUCUCUUCCGGAAGAUUAUGCAAGUAUUUGUAGUUAUUUCAUUAGCUAUAUAUAAUUUGAGAAGCAUUUGCGAAAUUUCUUGAAUUUAUGUUUUAUAUUUUCUUAAUUAUAAAGGUCUUUUAAAAUCGAUUUUUAACUGAAACCUGUUUUUGUGUAUAGGUGUGAUUAUGGAGAUAUAAUAUUCUUUUAUACCUCCAUGGUGUAAUUUGCGCCUAAACAUUUGUUCAACCAAACUGAAGGUUUGUUCACACUAGAUGAUUUUUAAUUAAUCGUGGCACACACAUGCAACACAUUUAUGAAUACGUAAUCACGUUGUUUUUUAAAAUAACCCUUUUAUUUGUACAUACACCGAAAUUUAUUUCAGGUUUUAGCGAGAAAGCAUAAUGUUUACGAAGCUGCUUUAUAGUAAAACUAUGUGAUGUUUUUUUUUAUUAAUUUAUUUUUUUUGAGUGUUUUUGUAUUAUAUUUUGCUUGAUUUACAGAUAAAAAAGAUUAAAACAAAAGUUGUUAACUUUUGAAAGAAACUGUUUGAUACCAGUCUGCCGAUAUAUGAUUUUUUGAGGUGUUUUUUUGUUUAUGUGUGAAUCCUGUAGCGAUGUUAGGGCUAUGUUUACAUUAGGGUCGCGUCGCAUUAGAAAAGUAUAUCGGAUAGGCGUUUUGUUUUCACUAUGAAUGUGAUAUAUGUGCAUAAUUUUGAUAUCAGAUAGCUUUGACCACGCGGCUGUUUCGAAAGUGAUGUGACAUGUACCGGCACCCUCGUCCCCUGGGUUUUUUGCCUUCUUGAUGUUAGAGAUGACGUCUGUGAUAUCAAAAAGACAAAAAAACCUGCGGCGAGAGUACAUAUAACGAUAUAAAAUUCAUACCGAAAAUCUUGUGUUUUUUAUGUAAAAUGUCAAAUCGUUUAUAAUA